AUGUUGAGAAGACCAUUGACUUGUUUGGAACUUGGAGAUGAUGAUUUGCGAUGGAUGAUGGAUGAGUUGGAAAAGAAAAGAGUUCGUAAAUAUUCAGAAAUUCGGGAAAAAAAUAGUUUUUUUUUAGAAAUCUCUUCCAAAAUAUCAACAGCAACAACAAGAAGAAGCAGAAGAACCGAUGGAGGUCGAGAAAAAAGAAGAGGAAGAUCGGGUUUUUGCACAAAUCUCAACACCGGUUCCGAAAAUCACAGGAGGUCCAGCAUUGGAUGAUUUGAUGACUUAUGAUCCACCAAGAAGUCGAAAUCUGCCAGCUGCGACAACUCCGCAAGCCGUUCCACAACCUGAUAUGGUUACACCGGUUAAUAGCGAGGCUUUUAGUGCUCGUGAGUAUUUUUGUGGGAUUUUAAGUGAGAAAAUUGAUUGCGGCGAUGAUGUGAAACACUUUGGACUGAAAGAAAACGAAGUUUUUUGUUCUUUGUUGAAUUUAGCGAUCCUGAGCUGCUUGUUUUAUCAACAAAUAACAGUUAUUACAAAAACCAUGUCUUAAAAGCAAAACCAAAUAAAAUAUUUGCAGCACCUCCAAAUAUUCGUGUUACUCGUGCCAAUGCUCGUCAAUCUCGAAUCUCUACCAACGCAAUACAUCAACCGAUUUUCCAAACUCCGGAAGCUGCAAGCACGAGCUCGACCUCAAAUGUAUCUUUAAACGGAAGUGUCACAAAUGGUGUCCGCUUACAAAUGCUCCCAGAAACCCCCGAAGGUAUUAUGAAUGAUAUUUCACCAACAUUGCGUAGUAUUGAAAGCUCGCCAACUCAGGAUUUAUUGGCGACUUUGUUGAGUCCCGGAGGACCAUCUGCAAAUACCAGAAGAUCCCAAAGACAUUAA